AUGUUUAACGGACAAGGGAACUGGAAUUUCCCGAGCUCCCAAGGGAGUACUAACAACAACAAUAAUAAUAAUAAUGCGAGUGGGAAUAUGAACCAAUUUAAUAAUAUAUCAGGUGGAAUUAAUAACGGCAUAAGUAACAAUCAGCUGAAUCCAACAAAUGUAAACGGAAGUAACAACAACAAUAUCAACAGUAAUGGCAGCAGUGGGAACAACGGCAAUGGUAACAACAAUGGUCAGAUGGGUGGUAAUGGUGUCAAUUCUGCAAUGGCAUUUGGAAAUACAAACACAGGCAUGUCUUCCAAUCAAAAUAUGAGUAUCAAUAAUAGCAGCGGCAAUGCAAGCAUGCCCAAGCAGGUUACACCGCAGCAACUACUACAGUGGCUCAUGAAUUUGGAUCCUCAAAGAAGAAAUGCAGUAGUUCAAAAAAAUGCUCAGAUAAGGCAUUUCUUGGAGCAGUACGAACAACACAGAAAAGCAGCAAUGCAGCAGAUGGUGACGAACCAGAAAAUUGCAGGCCACAUGAACUCGCCUCAAAUGCAGAACCAGUCGCCUGUGGCCAUGAAUAACGGUAGCCCUAAUCCUGCAAUGAGCCAUCCUUACACCAAUGCUAUGGAAGGUCAGAUGAUGCAGCUGCAAAUGCCGAAUGGUCCAGUUUCGCAGGGUCCACCAAACGGUUCGCCUUUAGCACAGGGUGCACAUGUUCAGCCUCAAAUAUAUCAUCAAGGUGGCAAGUUCAUGAAUCCAAAUAUACCCGCCACAAGUCCAAUGGUUCCACCAGGAAUGAUUUCAUCUAGUUCCAGGCCACAUGUUGUCAACUCUCCUGGAGCAUCGUUACAAAAUCAUCCGGUUGCUCCUUCCAGCGGACAGAAUGCGUCUCCUCGGCUAUUUGCGGGAGUUGGCAAUCCAGAAGCAGCAGUAUCACCGGAGAAGACAUCAGAGCAAAUACAGCAUCAGCAGGCAUUACCUCCGCCAAGAAAAAUGCCAAGCUUGCACUACUGGUCGGACUUUUUCACAAAGAAGAUGCAUGAUGUUCCUUCAACGGUGAAAACGUUUGAAAGAAUAACUUCAAGAGAUGCAGAGUAUGACACAGGGAUGCAAAACGAGCGGGCGAGACCGUUUGACGCGGAUAUGGCCGAGAGAAUGGUCAGGGACCUCAAGUUUUACCAGAAAAUCAGAGACUCGAGGUUGAAAGCUAUCAAUCUCAGACCAGAGCAGAAUAAGGUUACCGAUAGGUUAUGGGGUGAGGGUUAUGCUGGUUACGGAAAUGGAUUUACUACGGGAAGAACAGAGCUUAUUUUACCUGCAAACAGGAAGAAGGCCACCACUGCACCGGAUAUAUAUAUAUCGAAGGAGCAGCUCGAAGAGCAGGCUGAAACUCCUGAGGAGCUGGUUCCUAUACGAUUGGAAUUCGACCAGGACAGAGAUGGUUUCCAGUUGAGCGACACUUUUCUUUGGAAUAUGAACGAGAAGGUGAUCAGUCUGGGUGAGUUUGUUGACACACUAAUGGCCGACUACUUGUUUCCAAAGGAUAAGUUGGCUGACAGCAAGAAGAAGAUCAUCGAUAGCAUUCGCGACCAGCUGGGUGACUAUCACCCCAUGAUAUAUCCAGGAAAUGGCUCUGACAACCCACAACAAGCUGAUGAUCACACAAAGAAGAGUAAGCAGUGUGAUCUCCGGUUCCCGAUUAUGUUGGACAUUACGAUUGGAAACAACCAGUUGACAGACAAAUUCGACUGGGAUGUGAUGAAUCCAAAUAACAACCCCGAAGAUUUCGCACGUGUUCUCUGUGCUGAGAUGUCUCUUCCUGGCGAAUUUCAGACAGCAAUCUCCCAUUCCAUCAGAGAGCAGUGCCAGACUUAUAUCAAGUCCUUGUACUUGGUUGGUUAUAGGUUUGAUGGCUCGCCUGUGUCUGGAGAGGAGCUGAAAGAGUUUGUUAGUUCAAACUUGGAUGCACAUAAUGUGAUUCGCCCGAGAUACCUCUUGAGUGACUACACGGCUUCCUUGCAGGAGCUCUCCUUUGAAAGCAUUCAGAAAUUGAAGAAGGAGCGUGAAAGAGAGGCAAGAAGAAAGAAAAGAGGCCAAACCAGAGUCGGUCGCAGAGGUGGUGUUCUUCUUCCAGAUCUUCGAGAUCUGCCGAAAACUUUCAGGACACCUGUUCCAACAUCUGUUCUUGCUGGUGGUGUUUCGCUUGGUUCCGGCCCUGAUGCUUACAUUGAUUAUCCAAUAUCCAUCGAAAUCCCUCAACGACAACUCAAGGCUUUGGACGACUACAAAAGAGAGCAGCUCAAAAUUAAGGAGGAGGAGAAGAAGAAGCAACUUGAAAUGGAAAAACACAGGCAGGACGAUCAGGCCCGUGUUGCCCGGUUUCUUGCUAAAACUAAGAGAAGGCUUGCCUCUAUCACUGAUAGGCCUACAAUCAGAGUUUCUUGCGAGUGCAAUCCGGAGGAAGUUCUCAUCAAGUUCAAGAUUACCUGA